AUGGAAUUCCAUAGGCUACCGUAUGUAGAACUCAUUGGAGGUAUCCUAUCGCUACCGGUGAAAACAUUUCUACGGGUCAAUGGUUUCUCCAAUCUGUACUGGGGAUGGGGUGCUGAAGACGACGACAUGUUUAUCAGGUUGACAGAAAACCGUAUUCCAAUCACGCGCGCCGAUAUAAACAUAUCUCGAUUCCACAUGCUUCCUCACAAACCGAGCCCGGCAUUUCCCGAACACUUGCGAGCUCGGAUCCUUUCACUCUCGAAGUCGCUAUAUCGGCUGGAUGGCCUGAACAGUUUGAACUUCACUAUAAUCGAAGAAAAGAUCUAUUCAUCCCAGCGUCCAUUUACCGUCUCUCAGGCACAUAACCCAGGUGCCACAACACAAGUACGUGCCGUAGUAACCGAGGCUAUAUAUCCCGUGCUGCACUUAAGGAUCGAGGUUGGAACCCCUCCAAACUGGCUGCGAGGCAUUGAGGGAGCCGUGUGAUCUGGAUGACUUAUCUUCGGUGACUACCCAUCAUUUGGAACGGGCUUGUGUGUGUGUCAUGCCAUUCAACUAUAAUUGUGUGCUGUACAUGGCGCGAGUGCACCUCACUGUUAUUGUGAAAUACCACAGAACAAAAUCAGUCAAAAGAUGAUACAGCACCGCUCGGAGUAGUAUAUCCUGUAGCGGAUAGUUAAAUUUGAUGAUGAGCAAAACAGGUUCAUCAUACUAUUGGUACAGCAUUUUCAUGUCCGGUAUGAUGCACUCCGCUCGACUCAUGCAUGUCGACCAGCCAAGAUAGCGGAACCCACAGCUCCUCCGUCUCCACUCGAUACGCCAACUCAGAAAGUUGCUCCAGGACGACCGGCAGGUCGUCAUUCACCAGUGUGCAGUCCCACAAAUGCCCGUGUGUCACCUCGAUACGGGAUGCAAUUUGGCUCAUUUCACGAAGUUGUGUUUCCUACAGAGAUAACAAACGAGUUUGAAAAGUGCGAUGAACUCGUGAUGCACCUCAUGUUAGUUACGGCAAAGAGUGAUGUGAAGGACAAAGUGACAAGCUGGGGACCUGCAUUUUAUGUUACAUUUUGCUACGUCACGUAGUCAAAAGCUGGUUAUUGGUUCUUACCAAACUUCCAUUGUUAAUCAUUGUGAUCAGUUUCGUUAAGCUUCAUGAGAAGAAUGGUCCAUAAACCAUCCUCAAUCCCUAACUGCAGCUCUCUGUGACAAUCACUUUCGCUAACGUGUAUAAUGAUGAGGUGUUUCUCCAUCAGGUGUAUCAUAUGGAAGAAAUUCACGUAUCAGUGCACCUAUCCAUUUUGCUAUUACAAGGAUACAUAUUAGACCUCUAGCUGAUAAGAUUUUCGAGUCUUUAGAGAUUAUUACCAGUUCUCACGAUUGUGCAAGUGCAACAGGUAUCUUAUUCCUCCGUGAGGCUGAACAAAAUUGCACCAAAUACUGCUGUACCUUGGUUAACCUACCUCAAGUUAACUUCUGCGCAAUCUGUCAUACAAACAAUCCAUCUGAAUGAGAGAGAAAACCGGUUGCCUACUGAAAUUUGGAAGAAUGCAAACUGGGAAGUAUGCCGGCUCGGGACCAUUAAGCAGCCGGUUAAUUAUUACAUGCGAAACUUUCUCAGGAAUGCCUAUCCUGUGUUCGAUGUCGUUCGGGUACAAAACAUACGACGGUCAAGACGUCCUCAACUAUAUAAAAGCACAUUGAAAAGCAGCUUCGAAAGGUACCAAGUGGAAUAACUAUUUUUGGUUAUUAUUGCUGUUUACUUCGGAAUUUCUAUGCAUUAUGCAUGUUCAAACAAUACAUUUUUACCCAUGCCGAUCGUUAUUACCAACGUGCGGUAGCACUUGAAUAAUUGCGUUCCUGCGUGCAUGGACAACUAUGGGUUUUGAUGUGUUUUGUUCCGUUUUCUUUUACUAUUUCUGUACCUUCUUUUGAGUUCCAUCUUUUCUGAUGGCUCUAUGUCUAUUCGUAGACUGUUUCAAUGUAUAUAGGCAUGGGAAACAUUGAGAAGUUAAACGUUUCCUACCGACCUGACGAAAAAUGAUAAUAACAAGAUAACAAAAUACUUACGGUCAAGUUACUUCCUGAAAAGCGUCCUGUACUUUGAUAAUAGUCCAUCGAUUGGAUGUGGUUUGCGUUCGAAUUUCUCAGCUCCUCGUGUGACCGUCGUGCGGCUAUUCUCGGAGUUGACUGAGCCGAAGGCCUUCUAGGUCGAUCCAACCCAGCGUCAUUGAUCAAUUUAGGGGCAGCGGGCAUCGACCUGGCCGGUGAACAUAAAACGCCAG